UUAUUAUUAUUGAAUGGUCUGUUACGUCAUGGCCAAGAUGGCAUCCUCGAUGGUGGAAAGUGGAGAAGAUGUAUUUAGAAAAAUAUUCAAGAUUUACAAGAGAAGAAACCCUCCGCCAGAUUUCAGCGAUGUCAUAGACUUCUCCAAAGGUGUACCGAGUGACAAGAUAGUUGCAGCUAAACUGGACCCUGCUGCAGUGAGUGAUGUGGAGGCUGCAAGGGUUGGACUACAGCCUGUCAGAGACUGGAAAGUCUUCGGCCUACGGGGCUACCCAGGGUUUAUCUUCAUCUCCAACCCAUUCCUGCCGGGCUCCCAACCCUUCUGGGUCAGACAGUGUCUGAAGACCUACCCUCAGAAGCCUAAUGUCUGCAACCUGGACAUGCACAUGUCUCCCUCUGACACACAGGACAUCUGGGACAAGAGUGUACAUGGAAACAGUUUUACUCCCUCUGGAAAGAGAGAACCUAAGACUCUACUGGAGAGGCUGCGCUGGGUCACUCUGGGAUAUCAUUACAACUGGGAUACCAAGACUUACUGUGCCAACCAUUACACUCCUUUCCCAGCUGAUCUCCACUUGCUGUCCGUCCAAAUAACAGCUGCAUGUGGGUUCCCGGGGUUCAACGCAGAGGCUGGAAUCCUUAACUACUACCGAUCUGAUUCAUCUCUGGGAAUCCAUGUGGAUGAAUCAGAACUUGAUCACAGCCGACCGCUGCUGUCAUUCAGUUUUGGGCAGUCAGCCAUCUUCCUCCUGGGAGGCAUCCACAGGCAGGACCCCCCCACUGCUAUGUACAUGCACAAUGGGGAUAUGAUGGUGAUGUCGGGACAGAGUCGCCUCCUUUACCAUGCUGUCCCACGCAUCGUUCCAGCACCCCAGGGACAUACAGCUUUAGAGAUGGAAGGCUGCAGCCUGGCCUCUUCCCUGCAGGACAGAACUGUGGUGAAGCUGGUGUCAGAAGAGGACUGGGCGGUAUGCUCCAGGUACAUCCAGAGCUCCAGAGUAAAUUUGACUGUCAGACAGGUGCUGGGACCUGGGCAGAGGUUCCCAGAAACACCCUCUUCUCACCAAAGGACUAAUGCAGGCUGGACAGUGGGUUACCAUGAUGGACCAGCAGAUGGAGAGAAUGGGAAGAGGAGAAGUAGCUGUGACUCUGGUGAUACUGUAGAUACAUGAAACAGACCACCUGCUGUAAGCUUCACUUGGAGACAUGACACUGCAGGGGACAUUUGCAUCUGAUACCAGUUGUCCUUUGCAGUGAUGUGUAUAGUUAAGUCUGUAAGUAGUGCAGUGACACUGUACUCCAUCACACCAGACUCCAUUGAGAAAAACUAAUUUUACCUUGCAGAUCAUCAUAAAACACACUUCAUUCAAACUGGACAGAAACAAAAUAAACAAUUUGGAAACCAA